GGGCGGCGGCGCAGGCGGGCGGGCGGGCCGGCUUCCGCGGUGCCUUCUCGCCAUGGUGGAAGCGUGGUACAUGGACGAGUCCCCGGAGGACCAGCGGAAGCCGCACCGCCUGGAGCCCAACCGGCCCGUCAGCCUGGAGAGGCUGAGCCAGCUCGGUGUCUUCUACUGGAAAUUGGAUGCUGACAACUAUGAAACUGACCCACAGCUAGCAAAGAUUCGGAAGGAGAAUAACUACUCUUGGAUGGAUAUAAUAACAAUACAUAAAGAUAAGCUGCCAAAUUAUGAAGAAAAGAUAAAAAUAUUUUAUGAAGAGCACUUACACCUGGAUGAUGAGAUUCGCUACAUCUUGGAAGGAAGUGGGUAUUUUGACGUUCGCGAUAAAGACGACAAAUGGAUCCGGAUUGCCAUGGUAAAAGGAGACAUGAUCACACUUCCCGCUGGCAUCUAUCACCGAUUUACACUGGAUGAAUCUAAUUAUGUGAAGGCGAUGAGACUCUUUGUUGGGGAUCCUGUGUGGACAGCUUACAACAGACCCGCCGAUCAUUUUCCUGCUCGAAUACAGUACCAGCAGUCUUUGGCCCAAGCAGUUCAAUGAACGGACGGGAAGGCACGAGACCCGAAGUAGCUUACAUUUUCUGAAAACAGAAAUGGCGAAAUGGCUUUCUUAACACUACCUGCUAUUAAUGAGCCUUCUCCCCCCCCCCCGCGCGCCAUAUUGAGAUAGGUGGACAGGGAGUUUUUAAUUAUUCUUUCUAAAUUGAUUGUCAGACAGUUGAUUGUGGUUAAAUUGUGUUUGUUUGAAUAAGAACUCUUUUCUGAGCAGAUCAUGAGGUUGUCAUUUACUUUCCACUUAUCAUUUCAAAAGCUCCCUUUCUCGCUUUGUUGGAUAUUCAGUUAUUAUACCACGGGCUUCAUAAGCGGCAGUAGAAACAUUGGUUGCAACCUGUUUUCGCUUUCAGCACUUUCCCUUUCCAAUAUCGGUGACCUAUUGUUUCAAAAAUAAAAAUGAAUAAGAAUUCUAA